AUGUCCACCGAUAACACUAGUAAAACAAUUAUAUUGAGUGAUGAUGGUGGUUGGUGUUGGUUUGAAUCGCCUGGAGCUCUACAACAUGGUUCUCAUAUUCUGAUAGGAUCAGUUGCAUCUGGUGGUAACAAUGAAAAUCGUCGUGGUAAUAUUGAAUUACAUAUUUAUGAUUGUUCAGCACAAAUUACAGAGCAUGUAAUAUUACAUGAACAAUUUGAAUUAGAUGAUCAUAAUGGUCCUGCUCUACUUAUGAGACCUGAUAAUCGAUUGUUAGUUCUUUAUGCAAAACAUAAUACAGAAUCACAUAAUUAUGUACGCAUUUCUCUUGCUGAUACAACAUCAUUUCGUCAAUUCACUCCAGUUCAGGUUUAUUCACCAUCGUUGACUACUGAACUUACAUAUGCAAAUCUAUUUCUUCUUCCAGAUGAAUCGAAUCGUAUUUAUAACUUUUUUCGCGGUCUUGAUGGUUCAUUCAAACCAUCGUAUCUUUAUUCAGAUGAUCUUGGAACAACUUGGCAUAAUGGUAAUAUUUAUAUUAAUGUUCCAUCAACACAAAAACAUCGACCCUAUGUACGAUAUAUAUCAAAUGAACGUGAUACAAUACAUAUGGUAUAUACAGAAGGACAUCCUCGUGAUUAUGAUAAUAGUUUAUAUCAUAUUUAUUAUCGAGCUGGACAAUUAUAUCGUUCGGAUGGUAUAAAAUUAUGUUCAUUACAAGUUGGACUUGAUUCACCUGAUCAAGAUCAUAAUGAUUAUCCUGUAUCUAUUUACAGUGUUCAAUAUAAUUCAGAAGGUCUUCCUGUUGGUCAAGGUGGUGAUGAUUUACGAUAUAGAUAUGCACGAUGGGAUGGUUCUACAUGGCAUAAUUAUCCACUAGCUUAUGCUGGUUGUCGUCUAUAUGAAGGUGAAGAUGAUUAUAGUGGUUUAGCUGCAAUUGAACCUGACGAUCCAUCCAUAGUCUAUAUAUCAACUAACAGUGAUCCAGUCAAUGGAAAUCCACUUAUCAGUCAUAGUGAUGAACAACGACACUAUGAACUCUUUUGUGGUAAAACAAAUGAUGGAGGACAAACAUGGACAUGGACAGCACUUACAAGUAAUUCAACGAAAGAUAAUCUACGACCUAUGCGACCAAGACGUACAAACAAACAGAAUUCUGAUCGAUAUCGUACAUUAGUAUGGUUAAAAGGUAGAUAUCUUGCUUAUACAGAUUAUCUACAAGAAAUUGUUGCACGUAUAUGGGAAACCAACAAUAAUGAGAAGGACGAAGAAGAUAAAUAG